AAAAAGUCUAGUCGUUAUUUAUCGCCCUGCAAAAUACAUUCUACCGCCUCGAAAGGACAUAAAUUAAUGCAGCCUGGUUACAGCUUCGGACAAGGGUAAUGGUUUACCGGCACGCGGGGUUGCUUGGCAUGCGUCAUUGUCCAAUGUCGUACCUUCUAGCAGUCACACCAUCCUUGCAGUCAUCUGCCAAGUAUCGCGACACAGUGAAUGCAGGUUUGCAGGCUACACGGGGACAGCUCUCAUAGAGUCUUAUGUGAACGUCUGCCCCUCGCUCCGCCCAUCACAUCACAUUCCGCGCUGCCAUUGAGCCUCUCACCGAGUCGCGUUCACAUUCUCGAAUCCCCAUCAAACAAUGGCAGACGGCUCCAGCGACCGGGGGCUGAAAGACAAAAUCGCGCACCCAUUCCCGGAGUUGCGCAAGAAGCUCAAGGAUACGCAACUCUAUGAUGUGAAAGUGAAGGCGACGCAUGCGAAGCACAAGGUUGGGAAGUUCGCGAACCUGUUCAAUUCGAACCAUCGCCAUGACGAGGAGCAUGAGCAGAAGACGGACGACAAGCGGAGUCGAAUUCGCCAAAACCAUCGCUUUGAGAGCUUUGCACCAGAAAGAGAUGGCAACAUGAUCAAGUGGUAUGUCGAUGGCAGGGAUUACUUUUGGGCACUCUCCGAGGCUUUGAACAAUGCCAAGGAGACGAUAUACAUUGAAGACUGGUGGUUGUCUCCGGAGCUUUUCCUUCGCCGACCUCCCUACUACAACCAGGGUUGGCGUUUAGAUUCUCUUUUGAAGAAGAAAGCGCAAGAAGGCGUAAAGAUAUACAUCAUUGUAUACAAAGAGGUAUCUGCAGCGCUCACUUGCAACAGCCGGCACACCAAGGAUGCUAUUAUGGGGCUUAUCACUGACGAGGAUGCACCGGGAUAUGGCAACAUCACGCUCAUGAGACAUCCAGAUCAUAAUGUAUUCGAAAAUGCUGGUGAUAUGACAUUCUACUGGGCCCAUCACGAGAAGUUUGUUGUGAUCGACUAUGCAGUAGCUUUCAUUGGCGGUCUGGACCUCUGCUACGGCCGCUGGGACAACAAGCAGCAUCCCCUCGCAGAUGUGCAUCCGUCAGGUGUCCAGAACGAGAUAUUCCCCGGCCAGGACUUUAAUAACAAUCGCAUCAUGGACUUCCAAAGUGUGGAUGACUGGAAAUCGAAUCAGCUUAGCAAAGCAGAAUACGGCCGCAUGCCGUGGCACGACGUAGCAAUGGGCGUCAUUGGGCCGUGCGUGUACGACAUCGCGGAACACUUCGUUCUUCGCUGGAACUUCUGCAAGCGAGACAAGUACAAGAGAGACGACAGGUACCCUUGGAUUACCCUUGAGGGUAGGGAAGGUGAUGACGAAGACCUUGUCGGUGUGCAACGGCCUAAAUUUCCGGUCGGCGGUUAUCAGCAUCAUCCGCUGAGUCCACUGAGUGGGAAGAAUCUUGACAAUCGCGGAACAGUGCAUGCUCAAAUAGUGAGAAGCAGUGCAGACUGGAGCAGCGGCAUUUUACCCGCUGAGCACAGUAUCCAAACCUCAUAUUGCGAUUUGAUUCGCCAAGCGGAACACUACGUUUACAUUGAGAACCAAUUCUUCAUCACAGCCACAGGCGAGGAGCAGAGCCCUAUUCACAACCAGAUCGGUCGCGCGAUAGUUGACGCUGUGGUCCGAGCAGGCAAAGAAGGCCGGAAAUUCAGGGUCAUCAUCGUUAUCCCUGCUAUCCCGGGGUUUGCAGGCGAUCUUAGGGAGGACGCAGCGACCGGGACCAGAGCCAUCAUGGACUACCAGUACAAAUCCAUCUGCAGAGGAGAACACAGCAUCUUCGAGCAAGUCAAGAAGCAAGGCGUGAAUCCAGACGACCACAUCUUCCUGUUCAACCUGCGAUCAUACGACCGACUCAACGUCAACGCAAAGCUCAAAAGGCAAGAGGAGGAGUCAGGUCUAAAAUACAAGGAGCUGCAGAUGGCUGAAAUUGAGGAACUCGAGGCUCCGCUCGAAGGAGGCGACGAAGCCCGCAACCGUGCCAAAGAAAAGCGACGCCUUUUCGCAGGAGAAAACGAAGAAUCCGUCGGCCUAGGCGACCAAGGCGGCAUCAUUGACCCCGACUCCAUCGCCGACGACGCCAUGCUCACAGACAAGAAGCCUUCCACCGAAGAAUGGGAAGGCGACCCAGAAUCCGAAAAAGAAAACUUUUUCCAGGAAGAGCUCUACGUGCACGCCAAAGUCUGCAUCGUCGACGACGAAUACGUCAUCUGCGGUUCCUCCAACAUCAACGACCGCUCGCAGCUGGGCUACCAUGACAGCGAGCUCUCCAUCGUCAUGCGCGAUACUGACACGGUGGACAUCACCAUGGACGGAAAGCCAUUCAAGGCAGGCCGCCAUGCGCACACCUUGCGCUCCAUCCUCUGGCGCGAGCACCUCGGCCUCAUCCCUCCGCAGUCCCUCGACGCAACCGACGAUUCAAACGCCCAGCCCCCGGGCGAAAACUCCCCGAACGACACACUGCCCGGCGCAGAAGCAGAUUUCGUGGCCGACCCCCUCGGCGACGAUCUCUGGGCCAUGUGGACAAAUCGCGCGUCGACCAACACGGGCGUCUUCCGCGACUUGUUCCACGCAGAUCCCGAUGACAGCAUUCUGACCUUCGAGGAUUACGACAAGUUCACGCCGAACCCGAAGACGGAUAAGGACCACAAGCAAGGCCACUUGUACGAUUUGUCGAGGCCGGUGGAGGAAAUAAGGCGCGAGCUGGACCGCGUGAAAGGGCAUUUGGUGUGGAUGCCACUGAAGUUCUUGGAGAACGCGGAAAUGGCGGAGAAGGGGCUGCAGGUGAAUGCAUAUACAGAGAGUAUCUACACGUGAGACGCGGAACGAGAGUCAUGGAGGAUGGGCAUUGCGGUAACGUUGUUACGGCAACGAAUUUCGUACAGUGGAAAGGAGGUCCCUGAAGGGUUUUUUUUACUCUGCGUGGCUGGCACCAGCAGGGUCGAUGCAAGGUUCGGGUUCGGUUUGACUUCGUGCAGUAAUCCGUUUUCUUGGGUAGUGCGAUUAAUCGAAAACAU